ACCAAAAAAAUUCUUCAACUUCAAUUAUUAAUAUUUUCUUAGACAAAAGAAAAAUUAAAAAUAAAAACUUAAUUAAUUUAGUAAUUAUCUACCAUUCUCUCUCUCUCUCUCUCUCUCUCUCUUCUCUAUAUAUAUAUAGAUAUAUAUAUUCUUGUAUAGCUACUACCCUUUUUCUAACGCAAAGCGGCAAAAGAUACCAGAAGGAGAAGAAUUGUUAAAACCCAAACUGCCGACCGCUUCGGUCUCCCCACAGAGAAAAAUAGAGAUAGAUAUAGAGAGAGAAAAGAAAGAAAGGAAGGAGCUUGCAUCUGUGAUUUUUGUAGCGUUUAGAUUCGCAAAUGGGUAUUCUCAAGUGUUUUUAGAGAGAGAACGAGAUGCAGAAGAAAAGGUGGAGAGCAUUGGUGGUGCUGAGGAAGGUGCUAACGUGCGCCAUAUGUUCAAUAGCAUUGGUGGCUCUCUUCUCAGUCCAUGUUCCCGCCUUCCCUUCUUCUAAGGUUCCCAAGUUCUCUGACCCUUUCAAGCUCCCCACGAAACGUGAAAAUAAAUACCAGAAGUUGAGCGCCGAGCGGAGCUGGACUCAAGAGCUGGCUCCUUCCCAUUCCAAAUCUCCUCUCCCUUCUCGCAAGUUGGAUGAAGCGAGUGGAAUUUUGGAAAUGGAAAAGCUAUGGAAACCUCCAUCGAAUCGAGAUUUCGUGCCAUGUGCAAACCCAAGUCUUAAUUAUACACCCCCUGCCGGGUCUCGAGGUUACCUUCUAGUUCAUACCAAUGGUGGGCUCAAUCAGAUGCGUGCUGGGAUAUGUGACAUGGUUGCUGUAGCCCGGAUUAUAAACGCCACUCUUGUAAUUCCAGAACUUGAUAAAAGAUCAUUUUGGCAAGAUUCUAGCAAUUUUUCAGAUGUUUUUGAUGAAGAUCAUUUUAUUGAAGCUCUUGCUAUUGAUGUAAAAGUCAUAAAAAAGCUUCCCAAAGAUCUGGCAAAUGCUACAAGAGCAGUAAAGCACUUUAGAAGCUGGUCUGGAAUGGAGUACUAUGAGGAGGAGAUAGCUAGCAUGUGGGAAGAAUACGAAGUUAUCCGUGCUGCCAAGUCUGAUUCCCGCUUAGCAAAUAACCAUCUGCCCUCAGAUAUACAGAAGCUGCGAUGCCGUGCCUGUUAUGAAGCUCUGCGCUUCGCACCUCAAAUUGAAGCCAUGGGAAAAUUGUUAGUGGAUCGGAUGCGAUCAUAUGGUCCUUACAUUGCACUUCACUUACGGUAUGAGAAAGAUAUGCUUGCCUUUAGUGGAUGUACUCAUGAUUUGUCUCAAGAUGAAGCUGAUGAACUUAGGGUGAUCAGAGAGAACACUCCAUAUUGGAAAGUUAAGGAAAUUGAUUCCAGAGAACAGAGAUCCAAAGGCUUCUGCCCCUUAACACCAAAGGAGGUUGGGAUACUUCUUACAGCUCUUGGAUACCCUUCGACCACUCCUAUAUACAUUGCAGCUGGAGAGAUUUAUGGAGGUGAUUCCCGCAUGGCUGAUCUGCAGUCUCGCUAUCCCUUGAUAAUGAGCAAGGAAAAAUUGGCAUCUGUUGAAGAGCUUGAGCCUUUCAUAAAUCACGCAUCUCAGAUGGCUGCUCUUGAUUACAUAGUCUCAGUUGAAAGUGAUGUAUUUAUUCCUUCAUACUCGGGAAACAUGGCUAGGGCUGUUGAAGGUCAUCGACGUUAUCUUGGACACAGGAAAACAAUAUCCCCUGACAGGAAAUCUCUUGUUCGCCUGUUCGACAAGCUUGAGCAGGGAACGAUGAGAGAAGGUAAAAACUUAUCAAGUCGAAUCAUUGAAAUCCAUAGAAGACGGCAAGGCUCCCCACGGAAAAGGAAAGGCCCCAUCUCAGGAACAAAGGGCAUGGACAGGUUUCGUUCAGAAGAAGCUUUCUAUGUAAACCCUUUGCCGGAUUGCUUGUGUCGAAAAGAACUCCCCAUUGUGAACAACUCUUUGACAAUGAGGUAGUAAUAAGGGGGGUAUCUAAUAGUGCAAAACGAUUCUCGUCGUAAAGAUCAUACCCCAAGGGCAAGCAGGGGUGGCAGCACAUUUCUAUUUCUCGGUUGCCAUCACAGGACGCGUAUUGUGUGUAUAUUUUCUGAGCUUUUUUAGUUAGGCGGGGUGGGGGAGUGGGUGCAGUACAGAAAAUUACAUUAUAGUACUAGAAAUGGAGUAUGCAUUUAAGGGUGCAAGAUAGGAAGAGAGAUGGGUAACCAAAUACAGCCUUUCCUUAUGACCAAGGCAUAUUUAUGUGCUUUGCGAAGUUGGCCUGAUUUCUGGAGUGGGAUAACCAUUCACUAGGGGAAUGGAACGGGAUUACUUAUACUUCUAUCUUUCAUUUGCUUGAAAAUGACUUGCACUCUUUGUAAUCUUCUUACUCAUUAAAUUCCAAUGAAGAAACAAAGGAACAUUCAAUCC